GAUACAUAUAAUGAGGUUUAUAGACAAUCUACAUCUUUGGAACUCCUCACUCACUUAAAGCACAAACUAUUUCAAGCUGUCUUGUCCCAUAUCCUCUUACAGCCUGAAAUUCUUAAGGCAUAUAGCUCUAGUAUUCUAUUUAACUGCUUGGAUGGAAAAUUACACAGGCUCUUCCUAAGGUUUGCUUUUUACUCAGCAGACUACCCUGAGAAGUACAUCUUGUAUCUAUUUGCUAUCUUCUUGUUUGUAUGUGCUACAAUCUUCACCUCAAUUUAUGUAAGGAUAACUAAACAUUGUUACAGGAUGCUCAUUACUAGCUUGUGUGUUUUAGGCAAAUUCUCAAGCCUUACAGAUAUUAUGCUAACCAAAUUCAACCAUAUGCUUAGUACCAGAGCCAAUCAACAAAGACAAACUUGCAAAUGUAUUGAUGAUACAGUACAGUAA